AUGGUUGAAGUUGAAGAAAGAGAUGGACACACCUCUCCUCUGCUCACAGAUUCUGUCUCUUCAUCAGCAAAUUCUCAUAAUAACUCCAUAAAAAGAACAGGAACUGUGUGGACAGCAAUUGCCCAUAUAAUAACUGGAGUUAUCGGAUAUCCUGAUCCUGAAGUUGGGCACAUCAGAAAUAGGUCUUAUGCUGAAGCUGUGAGGUCCUAUUUAGGAAAGAAGAGCAUGUGGGUGGCAGGAUCGUUUCUUCAAGAAAGCUAUUUCGGUUAUGGGAUUGCUUAUACAAUAACAUCAGCCAUCAGUAUGAGGGCAAUUCUGAAAUCAAAUUGUUACCACAAGGAAGGACACAACGCUCCAUUUGCAGCAAUCAUGUCCUUUGCUUAUACCUUCAUUGGACUCGCACUCGGUUUUGCAAAAGUAGUAGAAAAUGGAGAAAUCAAGGGAGAUAUUACUGGAGUAUCUACAGCAACAACGGUUCAGAAAGUAUGGCUCUCCUCACAAGCAAUUGGAGAUAUUGCUUUUGCUUUCACCUACAACGUAAUUCUUCUGGACAUACAGGAUACUCUAAAGGCACCGCCACCAGAGAACAAGACAAUGAAGAAGGCAUCAGCUACAGCUAUACUUAUUACCACAAUCUUCUUUCUCUGCUGUGGAUGUUUCGGAUAUGCUGCUUUUGGCAGCCAGGCACCUGGAAAUCUAUUGACGGGCUUUGGAUUUUAUGAGCCCUACUGGCUUGUGGACUUUGCCAAUGCUUGCAUAGUUCUUCAUCUUGUGGGAGGAUAUCAGAUCUACAGUCAGCCAUUAUUUGCAGUAGCUGAGAGAUGGAUUUCAAAUAAGCAUCCAGAUAUCGAGAUGUACCUUGCACAGAACAACGUUCGAGCUUGGACAGGAACGUGGACACUUCUUCAAGCUUUCAAAAUAUUUUGCUUGCUAUGCACUAUUUUGGCUUUAGUCGGCUCACUCGAGGGACUCAUCAGCAACAAACUAAGCUAG